AUGUUUGUCGGCGAUUGCCAGGAUUCCCGGGAGGAGACUACUGCGGUUGGAGCGAAGUUGUUGUACGUGAUAGGGAAGUCCUGCUAUACACACAAAGGAGAAAAACUGUUAAAUUGGGACUUGUUUGGACCGUUCGUCAUAUCACUGUUGUUUCCAUUAGUCGUUUAUCUUCCAAUUGCUGGUGAUCAUAACGGCACACAAAGCGUGGCCUUUUCGCUCUUCUUCUUGUUCAUUUGGCUGUUGGCGUUUAUCGCAGCCCUAAAUGCUUCACUUGUAGGAACAUAUUUGGGAUGUUUGCCUACUGUGUCGAUUGUGAUAUACGGCAUAUUCCCAAUAUGCUUGGCAUCAAUACCGUCUAAGUUUCUGCCAUUUUUUGCGCGGGUCAUCGUAGUGAGUGCUGCCACUAUAUACGCGCUAUUAGUUUCGAAAAAAACGCUCGAGGCGCACGUGGUGAAGGACAGAUGGGUGAUGGCGUAUCAGCCCAUAGUUUUCAUGUACAUAACGGCCGGCGUACUAAUUGUGUUUAACAGCUAA